AUGCCAUUCUUUUUUGUUCUCGAAUUCUGUUCGUACAUAAACCGUAUUAGCUUGGGUAAUAUCCAAUUAACCGGUAUUAAACAAGAUCUCAACAUAUCGGUAACGGAGAGUAUGUGGCUCGUAUCUCUCUUUUAUGUAGCAUAUUUGAUCUUUGCAAUUCCAAGUGUUAUUCUUCAGCGCUUUCUUCGACCGACCUCUCAUUUGUCGUUGAGUCUUAUUGCAUUGGGGGCAUUUACUAUGGGUAUGGCUUUUGUAAAGAAUAUCAAAGUGCUGCUAGCCCUUCGAUUUCUACUUGGUUUGGCUGAAGCUGGUGUCUUUCCCGGAAUCAUCAUCUAUAUUUCUUUUUGGUAUCGCAAAAGAGAACAAGCUAUGAGAAUGGCCAUCUUCUUUGGCGCUGCCAUUAUUGCCGGUGCUGCUAGUGGCAUUUUGGCCUAUGGUAUCAUUCGAAUGAAUGGCAUGGCUGGUCUUGAAGGCUGGCGAUGGAUAUUCUUGCUGGAAAGUCUACCGAUUAUUCCACUCGGUAUUAUCACCUUUUUCUUCCUCGCAAACAUACCUGAGACAGUUCAAUGGUUGGAUCAUUGUGAAAGGGCGCUGCUCACGACUAUUCUCCAAGAGGAUGAGGGCAUGGCAAACAGUGAGUCAUCACGAAACACACGUCUCUCAUGGAUCCAAGUGCAGCAUGCAUUUUUUGACUGGCGACUUUAUUUAUAUAGUUUGAUCUGUAUGGGUAUUUCGACUGCUUUCAUUACUCUUUCCAAUUUUCUUCCGUCUCUGAUCGAAGGCAUCGAGAACUCAGCAUCCAAAGCUCACCUAAUGAUGGCGCCUUUGUACACUAUCGCGUUUCUAUCGUGUCUGGUGGUCGGUUAUUCUUCAUCAUAUUGGAACGAACAUUCCAUUCAUCUGAUGUUUUCCAUGUCCGUCGCUCUUCUCGGCUUCAUUUUGAUGAUGACACUGAUAGAGCACGGUAAAGUCGCAACCUAUAUUAGUACAUAUAUAGCAUGUUGUGGAACAUUUUCUGCCUAUGUUAUCUUGUUAUCUUGGCUAACGAACAACGUGGGUGGACGUACGAAACGAGCGAUUAGUCUUGGCUUUGUGGUGGGUAUCGGCCAGAUUGGUGGUAUUGUGGGGCCUCUGGUAAGUUUUUUUCAGUUUACUUCGAUUACGAAUUGUGUCAGUGAGAUUUGAUGAGCAUAUUUUUUUAAAAUGUGCCACAAGCUUCUGAAAAAAUGGAAGUUACUAGGCAAAGAGGUAUAGGCUAACUGUGAAGUUGUAUGCAUAUGUGUAUAGAGUAUAUUAACAUGUUUUUCCACGAGAGUAACAUUUUGGUUUUAAACAGUACCAAUAAUAUAUUUUGUAUCAAAUGAAAGGGCAUCGAAUAUUGGAUUCUUCAGUAUUAAAUCGUAAGGCUUCUAGCAUUUUUUUGUAACAAGCAUAACAAAUCUCUAGAAACAUGGUGCAUAAAAAUGGUUUUCCACGGAGAUCAUGCUGUGAAUCAUAAUAGAGCCAAUAACAAGUUCUAUACCAAAUGAAAGCGCAUUAAAAUUAGAAUUUAUCGGCAUUAAGCAGUAAGAAGUUCGCCAAUCUUUUGAUAUUGAAUAUAACAAGUUUCUGGACAUAUUCGAUAUUUCAAUAUUUAAAAAAAUUCUUUCAUGAGAGUGUUCCAAAUAAAUCUUAUUCAAAAUGAUGGAAGGCAUCAAGUAAAUUUAGGUUUGAUGAUUUGACGAAUACAAGCGAUAGUCAAUAUGAUAUUCAUUCGUAUCUUUUGCUGCAUGAAAGCGUGAUUGAUAGGAAUAUAAGAGAGUUGCAAAUAAAUCAGUAUUUGACUCCGUCUUUGUUAAAACAUAUAAUUCGACUUUUUACUGUUUCUUCCCCAUAACUGUUGUUUCGUUUCUGGUAACAAUUUGUGCUCAAGUUCAUUUUAAAUUAUUGCUCCAAUGUGUUCAGCUACAUUCAGAUCAGGUGAAUUUGCAAGUCGGAUGUUGUUUCCCCAAAAAUCUGUGCUAUUAUCCUGAAGCAAAUGUUGAGCCAUAUUUGUUCACAUGCAUGACGCUUUGUCAUGAACAAAUAUUAGAUGAUCCCGAUCGAUUACAUACUGUUCCUCUUUCAGAAACGGAAAGAAAUGUGGCGUAUAGGUGUCGAUGUAUGAAUGUCGAUGUAGAUGUUUUGGUUUACUGUAUCGUCACACGCAUCGACAGCCGUACCUACCUCUACUUCACACCCAUUCGGACCCAUAGUGACUAGUCCAACAUUUAUCUUUAUCUUUAAUUAGCCAAUGCAACUUUUUAGCAAUGAAAAUGAUAAAAACGCCAAUGCAACAAUCCAAACAUAAAAUUCAUUUGAUGAUGCAAGAUGCAGAAAGUCUUCUUUAGUCCAACUUUUUAGUCAAGCGCAAAACCGUAACCUGUCUAAAAUAUGAGUUUCUGCCUUUAAAGUAUUUGGAAUAAUAUGAAACAGCUUUGAUCCGUCUUUAUGAUGAUAACUGUCAACUCAUAUUUAAACAGCAUAUGCCUUGUGUUUGCCUGCAGUUUCUUUCACCAGAACAUAAGGCUUUUUUCUUUUUCCUCACUUCUACUGAGAAUGAGGUUUCUCCUUGCAUCUGAUAGUGGAAGUUUAAGACCACAUUUGGAAUAAUCAGCAAAACAAUUAUCAUAUAACUUUUCUCACCAUUCUAUAACAGAUCGUAUAGUACGAUGAAUUUUCUGUGCAAUCUACUAUUGGGUAAUAAAUGUUGCAACAACAUCUCGAGCUGCAUCAAAAGCAAUACAUUUGAUUCUGUUGAUGACUCUUUAGUGUUCACUGUCAUAAAUACCAGUCGUUCCUUGAAAAUUAGAUUAAAUUGAUGACUGAAAAGAAUCAGUUGUUUUCAUUUAUGAAAUUUGUAAAUAACGAAGCAACACUGUACAUGAUUGUACACAUGUUUAAAACUUUUAUUCUAAUACAAGGCAGAAGUGAAGGAAAUAUAAUUCGAUAAGUGAAUUCAAAAAGUACUUGGAGAACGACAAUGUGACCUAUAGAAAAGUUUAAAUGAAAGUUGCUCCGUGCUCUCUAUUAUUCGAAAGACAUAUCAUUAUUUAUAUUCAUAAAAGAUAAAAAGAGAACCGAAUGAAAAAGAAUAACAUUAUCUUUUGAACUGGGUCAUGUUGAGUAAUUAUUACAGCAAUACUUCAAUCAAUGUUUAUUAAAAAAAUUAUCUUUCUUAUUUAAUGACCCAUUAACAAUAGGUUAUCACAAUUAUACUGUGAAAAAUUUCUAGUUUAUUAUGCUCGAUAUAGAAAGAUUGACGAAACCCUUAUUAUUUAAUAUUGACAAAAACCAAAUUCGAUGAGCUUACAUUUGGUAUUUAAAUUUGUUAUUGACCCUAUUUAGAAUCACAUGAUUUCUUCCAUGAAAAAAACAUUUUUAUGCACCAUGUUUUUAGAGGCUUUUUAUGCUUGUUACAAAAAAAAGCUGUUAGCGCAAUCCCUUGCGGGAUUAAAAAUGUGAAACACGAUGGACCUAUUGUUACUAAUAAAAUGGAAAUCCUUUUGUUGCAUUUCCUUACGACACAUUUGUAGCUGACCGUAUAUCUGAUGCUUUAUAACUACAAUUUCUGUGUCACGGUCUGUAAUGGGUACUCGGGUUCUCUGUCACGGUCUGUGAUGGGUACACGGGUUCUCUGUCACGGUCUGCGAUGGGUACCCAGAGUUCUCUGUCACGGUCUGUGAUGGGUACGCAGGGUUCUCUGUCACGGUCUGUGAUGGAUACCCGGAUUCUCUGUCACGGUCUGUGAUGGGUACCCGGAUUCUCUGUCAUGGUCUGUGAUGGGCACCCGGAUUCUCUGUCACGAUCUGUGAUGGGUACCCAGGGUUCUCUGUCACGGUCUGUGAUGGGUAC